AUGGUCGGUGCCAGUACUUACAUGGCAGUUGGGUGCACUGGGAUUUCCGGCAUUUUGGCGGUAUCCCGCCCUGCUACUAUGGGUGAGCCUUCUCCCUUCCGUUUUCAAGAUUCGCAGUGCUUGGCGCGAUAUUCACAAGGAUAUCUGCAUACAUAUAUAUAUAUAUAUAUAUAUACAUACAUAUAUAUAUAUGUAUAUAUAUAUAUGCAUUAUGUGGUCUGGUCGUCUGCAUUCUAUGCUACGAGACCUGGAUACCGUCGACGCUGUUGCAGGUUCCAGUCCAUGUGGCUGCGCCAGAUGAUAUGGCUGGAGGCGGAGCUCGCGCUGUCCGAGGCCGACUGGCAGGUCGUCGUGACUCACUUCCCGCCCACGGGGUCCUGGGGCGAGGAGCAGUGGGCCAGCCUGUCCAGGGAGCACGGCAUCGACCUCUUCAUCACGGGCCACCUGCACCGACAGGAGGUGCGGGCGCCGAACUCCGCCGGCAACCCGCUGGGGCCCACGGCCAUCGUGAUCUCUGGUGGCGGCGGGGGCAUCACGUCAGAGGGCGUCCCCAACCCAGACGGCGACGACGACGAGUAUGGCUUCAUGGACAUGAUGUUCUCCAAGCAAGAGAUUUCCAUCGAGGCCAUCUCGCAUGGAGGACAGACCCGGAGCACCACGCUGGUCUACCAGCGACCACGGAGCGUGAUUCCGAAGUUCAUCUGA